AUGAAGCUUGCUAUUCAAGCUGAUAAAGAAGAAGACCAUUUUGAUAUUCAAACAAGAGUCAAGGAUUUAGAGUUUGGUGAAGCUCAGAUCGAGCAGGGACAAGUAGACGGAUUGGAUAGAGUCGUCGAGGGCGUAAUGAAGGCCGUGUCAUACGCACGAAAGGAAGAAAUCCAGGCCUGGGAACAAGAGAUAGUUCCUUGUGAGCAUAUAUUAUAUCUGGAGCAAGUCGGUGAACCUACCAAGCUGGAUGGUGAAACUCUCUCUCAUUGUUCAGAGUGUGAAUUGAAAGAAAACCUAUGGCUUUGUUUGGUAUGUGGCAAUUUAGGGUGUGGACGUGCUCAAUUUGGCGGCGUAGGUGGUAAUGGUCAUGGUCUCAGUCAUUAUGAGAACACUGGCCACAUUGCAUCUGUUAAAUUGGGUAGUAUCACACCUGAGGGAAAUGCAGAUGUGUUUUGUUAUAAAUGUGGAGAUGAGGUUAGUGAUCCAGCUCUUACCGAACACCUGCACUAUUGGGGAAUCAAUAUUGCUGAACGAGAAAAAACGGAGAAGUCAUUAACUGAGCUCCAAGUCGAGCAAAACUUAAAAUGGGAUUUCAGUAUGUCUAGUGAAGAUGGAACCGAGCUUCUUCCGCUGUUUGGUCAAGGAUUAACUGGCAUGAAGAAUCUUGGAAACUCGUGUUAUCUAAGUUCAGCUGUUCAAUGCUUGUUUGCACUAGAUAGGUUCCAGAAGAGGUUUAACAGUGUUGGCAAUAACAGUACAGAUAACGUGGUGGCAAAUGAGUCCGAUCCUGCUCAUAGUUUAGAAAUACAGCUCCGAAAGCUGGCUGACGGCCUUCUUUCUGGACGGUAUGCCGUUCCCGAUGAAACAUAUGGGCCAACUGACGAAUCAUCUGUCAAAUACCAACGAGGUAUUGCUCCAGGGAUGUUCAAAGCAUUAAUUGGAAGAGGUCAUAGUGAGUUCUCUACCAUGAGGCAGCAGGAUGCAUUUGAAUUCCUGAUUUAUUUGUUGGAGAAGAUUUCUGACAUGUGUAAGGCAACUGGAAGAGAAGAUCCUACAGAGAUAUUCAGGUUUCAAACUGAACGAAGACUGGAAUGUGGAAACUGUCACAAAGUAAGAUAUCGCACUGAAAACCAGGAAAAUAUUUCCAUUCCAGUACCGGCAAGAAGGCUGAAGGCGCCAGAUCAAGUUAAUUUUGAUGAUUCUUCUGCAGAAGUUACCACUUAUGAGACAAUUAGUAUUAUUGAGUGUCUUAAUAUUUUUACUGAGCCCGAACAGAUUGACUACAAAUGUAAGUCUUGUGGUCAGGCUGCUGGGGCGAUCGCUUCUACCAAAUUCAAGACUUUCCCGGAGAUUCUUAUGUUGAAUGCUCGUAGAUUUCAAGUUAUCAACUGGGUUCCUGUCAAAUUGGAUAUUCCAGUUGACGUUCCAGCGGGAUCACUGAAUCUCGAUCGGUAUAUGUCGUCUGGCCCUCAGGCAGGAGAAGACGUUGUUGAUGCGAAGGAUGAUGAAGAUGAUCAUGAGACCAGUGAAACUAGCUCUUUUACUGCUAACGAGGAAGCAUUGGUCUCUCUCGAGUCUAUGGGAUUUCCCAGGGUACGAUGUGAAAAGGCUCUAUAUCAUACCGGCAACUCUGACGUUGAAGCGGCUACUAACUGGCUUUUUGAACAUAUGGACGAUCCUGAUAUUGAUAUUCCUCUUUCGAUUGGCUCAGGUUCAACCGAUUCGGUAUCUCUAGAAGCUGUUGGCCAGUUGAUGGACAUGGGUUUUUCUGAUAUUCAGGCAAAGUAUGCUCUGAAGCAAACUGGUGGUAAUCUUGAAGCGUCUGUCGAAUAUCUUUUCAGCAACCCUGACGCAGGAAAGCAAGAACCAGAAGAGCAACCUCAAUCUGUUACCACGAAAAAAUCAGAGCCUGUGCUGCUUGGAGACGCUUCUCUUCCUGCCGACUAUGCUCUCACAUCCAUCAUCUGUCACAAAGGAGGAAGUAUUCAUGCGGGACACUACGUCGCAUUCAUCAAUAAGCCAAUCUCGCCUAACGAGUCUGACUGGGUAUUGUUUAAUGAUGAAAAGGUAGUCCGUGGUGGAGAAGCUGCCGAAAUGAAAAAAUUCGCCUAUGUAUAUUUAUUCCAGCGAACUCGCUGA